AUGCGGAGUAUGCGUGAUGAGCGCCCACCACCGCCACCAUUACGAUCCAGCAGCAGCAACAUUGAAUGCCAAAAUGUGGUCGGGUUGAAGCCAUUGCCGAAGGAGCCAACGGACACACUCGGAAAUAAGAAGAAAAAAUCCCUCGGAAUGAAUCCCUUCGGAACUAAAAAAAAAGAAAAAGAAAAGGUCGCCGAAAAGCCGGUUAUUUCCGCGCCAUCAAACUUUGAGCACACGAUACACGUCGGCUACGAUCAAAUCACCGGCGAAUUUACGGGUAUGCCGGCGGAAUGGACGCGACUGUUGAAAGAUUCACAAAUCAGUAAAUUGGAGCAGCAGCAAAACCCACAGGCAGUUUUGACGGCGCUACGAUACUAUACUCGUGACCACGAGCCGACAGAAAAAUGGAUGCAGCCACAAUACGAGUCGGGUGGAUCCGGCUCCGGCUACUCUCCGCGCAGCACCGAGACGUUUUCGCCGAAGAAUUCGUACGGGAUGCCGCCUCCCCUUUUCAAUUACAACAAUGCCCAACGAUUGCUCGGAGGUCCCUCAUCUGCACAUUCCAAACCACCGACGGGUUACUCGGGAUAUGGAGCACAGAAUGAGCACAGGAUUAGUAUGCCACCGAGCUACGCUCCUCCCGCUCCUCCAGAAGAAGAUGACGAGGCUCCGCCCCCAGUCCCGGAUCGUCCAGCCCGCACACUAAGCAUAUACACAAAACCGAAAGACGAGGAGGACAAAGAAAUCAACGGUGGUUUCGGAGCCAAUGUUCAUCGGGUUGGCGCCAAGAAAAAGAAGAUGUCGGAUGCCGAGGUUGUCGCGAAGCUGCGAACAAUUGUGACGAUCGGAAAUCCGGACAAGAAGUACCGAAAGGUCGACAAAAUUGGAUGCGGUGCCUCCGGAUCCGUGUACACAGCAGUUGAAGUUUCCACAGCACAGGAAGUGGCCAUCAAGCAGAUGAUCCUCCAGAAACAAGUGAAAAAGGAGCUGAUCAUCAACGAGAUUCUGGUGAUGCGAGAAAAUAAGCACCCAAAUAUCGUCAACUACCUUGAUUCGUACCUUGUCGGCGAGGAGCUUUGGGUGGUAAUGGAAUAUCUCGCUGGAGGAUCGUUGACUGAUGUUGUCACAGAAUGCCAAAUGGAAGAAGGAAUGAUUGCGGCUGUUUGUCGAGAGGUUCUGCAAGCGCUCGACUUCCUCCAUAGCCGACACGUCAUCCAUCGCGACAUCAAAUCCGAUAAUAUUCUGCUAGGCAUGGAUGGAUCGGUGAAAUUGACCGAUUUCGGCUUCUGCGCACAAAUUUCGCCCGAGCAGAACAAGCGGACAACAAUGGUCGGCACGCCAUACUGGAUGGCCCCGGAAGUGGUGACGCGCAAGCAGUACGGACCGAAAGUGGAUGUCUGGUCGCUUGGCAUCAUGGCUAUCGAGAUGGUUGAAGGAGAACCUCCAUAUUUGAAUGAAAAUCCGAUUAGGGCUAUCUACCUUAUCGCCACAAAUGGAAAGCCGGAAUUCCCGUCUCGUGAUACCUUGUCGCCAACUUUUAAGCAAUUCAUCGAUGCUGCCCUGGAAGUUGCGGUGGAGGAGCGAUGGUCUGCGGCCCAGCUUCUGGCCCAUCCAUUCCUUCGACAGGCCAAACCACUGGCUUCCCUCUACUACCUUAUCGUCGCCGCCAAGAAGAGCAUCGCCAACAACUCA